AUGGCGACAAUCACCGGCGAUUAUAGCAGCAGCCACCACCACCACCACCAUCUUCAACAGCAACACCACAACAGCCAUCACCAACACCAACAUCACAAUACACAAACAGGGCUAAAGCAAACAGAAGAGGAAGUGGACGAAAAGCUGGAGCAACAACAGCAGCCGUCGUCGCAGCAAUCCCCGGCGAUGCAAAUAGCAACAACAACAGGCACGAGCAAACAAUCGCCGUCAGUUGGGGGCGACCACUUUUCGAACACGACUACGACAUUACCGCCCGAUAACAACAACAACACCACUGAAAGCAGCAGCAACGGCGAGGACCUCAAUGGAAUCGCUGCUGCUGCUUCCACUUCCCAAUCCGCAGACAACAACAGCUCACCGGCAACGUUGGAAUUAGAUGGCUCAGCUGGAAAUGGAGGAGCUCG